AUGAAUUCAGGCAAUCAUGGUUGUAUGAGGCAACAAUCUUAUGGAAGGCGAACUGCACAACAAAAAGGAGAUACUAAGAGUUUUUAUCAACCUAGAUAUGCUGAGUCAUUGUGUCCUCUGCCCGAACAUGGAGAAAAUGAUGACUACUUGAAAUAUGAGGUCAGUUACGUGGGGUAUGAGGAUUAUGAACAUGGAGAAAAUGAUGAUUACUUGAAAUAUGAGGAGAGGUACAUGGGGUAUGAGGAUUAUGAAGAGUAUGAUGAUAUAGGUGGUUGUCAUGGUGGGAGAGCAAGAGAUGAUUGUUUUGGACCCCAUUAG